CAAAAUAACUUUUCGUACGUAAUAAAAUAUUACCAUAUGUGAUAUGAUUGAAAAUUGAAAUUUGAAAUUACAACAAGAAAUCAAAUAUCUGUUAUGUGAUUUCGAAAUACCUAUCUGUCAGGAAUUGUAUUCAAGUAACCAAAAGAAUUUAGUUACGAGAACAUAUCAAUUAUCGAUAUUUCAUUCAUAGUUAAGACGUUCACCAGAAUUUUUUCAUUCAAGCCCUUGUUUUCUAGUAAACAUGGGUGGAAAAUCAAAACAAAGUCAAAGAACUAAAAAUAAUGCCAGACCAUCAAGUAGUGGGCGCAGUGCAGAAUUGCUUAAUAAUGUUAUAAAUACAGACUCUACAUUUGGAGCAUUAAGCACUGGAAAAAUGGUGCCUGCUCUGUUUCCAACGAUGACACCUAUAAAUGACAAUAUCUUAUCUAAUGAGUUUAUACUAGCCUUUAAAAAACUUAACAAAAAAGAUCCUAUAACCAGAAUAAAGGCAUUACAAGAGCUUUUGGAGUUGAUUAAUAAAAGUGAUAUAGAGGAGGUAGUGGCUGCUCUUCCUAAUUGGACUGUUUUUUACUUGAUGCUGACUGUUGAUAAUGAUAGAAAAGUUCGGGAACUUACACAGGCUUGCAAUGGAGCAAUAUUCAGCCGCAGCGGGCGCCGCGCCGCUCCGCACUUACGACGACUGUUGCCCGUGUGGCUGCUGGCAGUCCACGACGAUUACGGACCCUCGAGACAUACAGCCUCCACACAUCUCAAUAGUACUUUCCCGGGAGCAAAAUUGUCUGAAGCGAUAGCGUUUUGCAAGACAGAGAUAGUGGCACUCGUCCUGGACAACCUCAUCGGAAAUCCUGAAGCAAUUUUGAAUAAGAAGAUAGAGGCGCCGGAGGAGAGACAGGCGGCGGCGGCGCGAGUCAGGGCCGGCAGUCUCGGCGCCCUCGGCCUUCUGCUGCGGUCGCUCCCUCCGCACCUUCCACUGGACGCCGCGCUGCAGCCGCUGCUGUCGGCCGCCCCCUUCUGGAAGCUGCACGCGCACGACGACCAUCACGUCAGGGCGGCGUGGUUCGAAGCCGCGGGACGCCUCGUCGAGCGCGAGGGCGGGCGGCUGGGCGAAGCGAUCGGCGGGCGGCUGAGCGCGGCCAUCUUGGCGCAGCCCGAGAGGAGGCCCGACGUGGCGGCCGUUCGCUGGGCCGCGCUUCUGCUGAUGCUGCGCGUGGAGGAGUGGCAGAAGUGGGUGCAGAAGAAGGAUCUCCUCGUCAAAAGACUGUUAGACACCAUAGAGAACGGCGCCUGGGGCGACGCGGGCCUCGUCGGCGACAUCCUGCCGCCGCUGCUGGCGCGGUUGCCCGAGGACAUGCGGACGAAGGAGCUGUACCGCGACCUGACGAGGGCGCUCUUCACCGGUUUAGAACUAAAGAGCAUUUUGAAUUCCAAAAGCGAGCGUCAAAUUUGGAUCACGAGCGUGGCGGACUUCCUGAGGUUUCUGUCCCUUCAGAGACGCGACUACGUCACGGAAACGGUUUCGGAGGCUCACAGGACGUGGCUGCAGAAGAUAUUCGCCUCGCCGGACCCCGCGGCCCGACCGCAUCUGAUCAAGUAUUCGGUCGGCAAAAUGGCCUCUCUGGUCAAAUAUUGGAUGAGACAAUCGGCCGAGACGGGAGACGACGAGUGCGACAAGUUGAUCAGAUGCUUCUGGCAAAACUUCGGAGCGACCGUCGUCGCGCAGAUAGACGCCGUCUCGACGUCCGACGACGACGUCGCCGCUCUGCUGAACCUGCACACGAUAGCCUUCGAGUCGUUGAGCGCCGGAGACGGAAGGAGCGAGAAGGCGUUGCGCUUCGACGACGAACCGGCGCCCGAGAGACGCGACGCGGGCCCCGAGGACGAGGCCGUCGCGGAGCGGUUCGCGCGCGGCGUCACCGAGCUCCUGAGCGUCGGCUGCCGCGCGUGGCUGGACUGCGCGGAGAGCAGGCAGCUCCGCGCCGUCUUCCCGCCGCUGGUUACGGCGCUGCGCCGGCUGGGCGACGAGAGGCUGUUCGUCGAGGUGGCGCGGGCGAAGGUCGGCGGAGGCCCCUACGCGCUGUACGAGCGGCUCUGGCGCGACUGGCUCCGCGGGGAGACCCUUCGGUGCCGCGCGCUCGUGCAGCUGCUGUUUCUCGCCGCGACCCAUUUCACCGACCGUGAACUGGAACUCGCGUACGACUCUUUCGACGGGAUGUCGCCGGUCGUAGUGGAGUGGAUCGUCUCGUCGUCGCUGGAGCUGCGCCGACGGGCGGCCGACGAGUGGCUGCGGGGUCGACUCGUGGCCGCGACGCUGGUCUCGCUGAGUCGCCGUCGACGACCCGACGCGGACCGACUCGUGCUGGCCUGCCUCGAGCCUCGCGACGGAGAGGUGCGCGUGAGCGAGGAGGCCGUCGCCGGGGUGGUGCGGGCGCUGAGCGAGCCACCCGUGCGCCGUCGGGCCGCCGCUGACGUCUGCCGGACCCUGGCCGGCACCGAGCGCGCGUCCGUCGCGAUUCCUCUCGCCGAGCUGCUCUUCGACUGCAGCCUCGAUACGGUCGUCAGAGACGAAGACGGGCGUCCGGCGGAGGGCGACGAGCUCGAAGAGAGCGGAGAAGAGGGCGAAGGCUGGCGCGGCCUCUGCGGGCCUCGCCUCGCGGCGCACGCGCGGCGUCGCUUACACGCUUUGCUGGUGAACACAGACGAGAACCUCGACGCGGCCCGAAUAGAGCGCUGGGUGUCCCUCUGCCCGCCUCUGCUCGCGGCCGGCGACCCGGUCGAGGCGGCGAAGGGUCUGUUCGCCGUGGACGUCGAGAGGUCGACGAGAACGGUGGACGCCUUCGCCCUUCGCGCGGAUUUCGUCUCCGGCCGCCUGUGCUGUCCCGGCGGGGACGAACGAACCCGAGGUCUCUCGGAAAUCGUCGAAAGGGAGGAGACGGAGGACUGGAGGGACCCCGAGUCGCGAGACGUCGCUCCGUUCGUUCGGGCGCUCGUCUUUCGCGCGGGUCUGUUGCGCGAAAUGCUGAGACGCCGGAGCGGGCAGGCGGAGGCGCCGACCGGAGAGUACGUCCGAGAGGCGUUCGCGGAAGUCUUGCACGACGCGGCCUCCCUGGACUCCUUCUGCGAGGGAUACGUUCACGCCCCGUUCUACGAAAGCGUUAAACGCUGCAAGGAGCGGGUGGACGCCGCGAUCGACGAAGCGAUCUCGCUGCUUCGGGAGGAGGACGCGAAGGAGUUGGCGGAGUCUUUGACUCGACGGGCCUUCGACGCCGGCUACUACUGGGCAUUCGCCCGCAGGCUGUACCUCGACAGGACGAGGACGAAGGGGAUCGAGGGGGUCCGGGCCGAGUCCGGCGGAGACGCGGGUUCCGACGGGGCCGUCUUAGACCCGCUUCUGCUGGACGAGAUCGUGACUCGCAGUGGCUUUUUCCACGUGAUACAGGUUCAAGGCGGAGUGCGAGGACGGUACUUGGCGGCGAUCCGAGGCUGGUACUUGGCGCAGGGUUUCGCCUCCGAUCGCGCGGCCUCGGAGCGCAAAGAGCUGUUCGUGCGCAAGCUGGCCUCCGCGCUGGCGUCGUCCGGCCUCGAGCCCCUCAUGGACGACUACUACAAGUACUGCGACAAGAUGUUCAACGACAGAGACUACUGGAAAGUGCCCUGGAGCGUCGUGAGCUGCGAGAUCGCCGCGCUGGAUCUGCUGCGCGAGACGGUGGAGGCCGACGCCUGGGAGCUGGACGCCGCCACCUGGGACUUCGUCAACAUCGCGCUCUGCUCGGCGCUCGCCUCUCUGGCCGGAACGCCCUCCGACUUCCUACCUCGCAGUAAAGUGGCCGCGGCGGGUCGAGCCGCCCUCGGGCUCUUCGCGAGCGUGGCCGGAUUCGUGGAGAACGUCCGAGCCGAGAGCGAGCGCCGCCGGCCGAGCGCUCACGUCGCCUCGCUGCCCGGCGAGUGGCGGGACAUCUUCGCCCCGGCCGCCCACACCGACGUUCUGACGCUGCAGGCUCGAAUCCUCGAGCGCGCCGUCGCGCCGGGCCGAGGCCGCCCGUCGGCGGGCGAGGCGGCGCUGACGGACGCGGCGGCGGCGGCGCUUCCUUUCGUCCGCUGGGAGCUGGCGCCGGCGGCGCGACGAGACGCCGACCUGUCGCUGGAGAGGCUGACCGGCCCCGCGCUCGAGGCGCUGUCGCGCGACUCGUCGGCGCCGGUCCACCGCUUGGCCUACGCCGCGCUCGCGACUCUCGCCAAACCGCUCGUGCUCGAAGACGUGGCAAAGUUGAAAUCGGCCAGCGAGCGAGAGAGCGACGAAGAGGACGCGAAGGUCUCCCUCUCGCUCAAACCCUACCUGACGGCCCUGAAGCGACGCGCGCCCGACCUGCUGCCGGCCGACGGGCGUUCCGACGAGGAGCCCCCGGCCGAGUGGUGGGGCGGCGCCCGCGGGUUUCUCCUGACGGCGCUGGCCGCCCUCCGCCACGCCGAUCUCGCGGGACGAGAUCUCGUCCACCACUACGUGGAAUGCCUCGGGGACAGCGAGACGAUCGGGGACGUCCUGACCGUGGCCGGGCGGGCGCUCCCGGCGGAGGCGAGGCGCGCCUCGGGCCCCGACGGCGGAGCCCUGUCGCCCCGCGUCGCCGAGUAUUUCACCUCGGACCCUCCUCUCGCCGGCCCGGGUCUCUCGGCCGACGCCGACGAGCGCACGACCGCGGGGCGCGUGGCCUGCCGCGUCGUGACGUGCGCGGCGAGGAGCGCCGGGGCGGCCGUGAGGGCCCACUGGAGCGCGUCGAGUCCCCGGAUCGCCGACGCUCUUCGGCGCCUCGUCGCGCUCGCGGUCGCGCCGUCGCUGAUCGAGGAGCAGCUGCGGCGCCUCAAGGAGCGCGCGCGGGAGGACCUGGAGGACGUCGAGGUGACGGUGUCGCGCGCCGGCGGCCAGGGCGAGGUGCGGGCGAGGGCGCGCGUGGAGGAGCGCUGGGCGGAGGUGACGGUGACUCUGAGCGCCGCGCACCCUCUGGAGCCGCCUCGCGUCGAGGCGCCGCCGCAGCGUUCGCCGGCCGCUUCGCAGCUGCACUGGGUGCGCGUGUACCUGGCUAACCAGAACGGCUGGCUCGUGACGGCGCUGCGCCUGUGGAGCGAGGCCCUGCGCUGCCGCGUGGACGCCGCGGCGCAGUGCUACAUCUGCUACUGCCGCCUGCACCCGACCACCGCGCGGCUGCCCAACGUGCCCUGCCACACCUGCAACAACCGCUUCCACUCGGCCUGUCUCCGCAAAUGGUUCAAAACUAGCAAGAAGUCCAACUGUCCACUGUGUAGAACAGUGUUCUAGCUGCGUCAGUGCGUUCCUUCUACGAGUUAUCUUCUAUUUUUAAUUUUGAAACAAUUUUGUUUUAAGUCAAUUGACAAUUUUAAAAUAAAAUAAUGAAAAUAGAAAUGUCUCUC